UUUAUUUGUCCAUUUUUGAAUAUACGUUUUUAACCAGAGGCUGUGCGUGCGCAUAGGCUAUCCGUUGGCUCGAAGGACUCCUCUUGCAUGGAGUGACAUGGCCUCCGACCUCGCUAUGAGUACAGAGCUGCCAAACAGCCCCCUCGCCAUUGAGUACGUCAACGACUUCGACCUGAUGAAGUUCGAGGUCAAGAAGGAGCCCCCGGAGUCGGAGAGGUACUGCCACCGUCUCCCGCCAGGCUCCCUGUCCUCCACCCCUAUCAGCACCCCCUGUUCCUCAGUGCCUUCAUCCCCGAGUUUCUGCUCGCCUAGCCCCGGAGACCAGUUCAACAACAACAACAUCAACAACAACAACCCUAACCCUGCCACCAAGCCUCAGCUGGAGGACCUGUACUGGAUACCCAACUACCAGCACCACCUCAACCCGGAGGCCCUGAACCUGACCCCAGAGGACGCCGUGGAAGCCCUCAUCGGCAAUGCGCACCACCACCACCACCACCAUCACCACCAGGGCUAUGAAGGGUUCAGGGGGCAGCAGUUCCCUGAUGAGGAACUCUCUGCUGUGGCCGCCAGCCACCACCAUCAGACUCACCACCACCACCAUAACCACCACAUGCGGCUGGAGGACCGCUUCUCUGAUGACCAGUUGGUGAGCAUGACAGUACGGGAGCUCAACAGGCAGCUGCGCGGUUUCAGCAAGGAGGAGGUGAUCCGUCUCAAGCAGAAGCGCCGGACCCUGAAGAACCGCGGAUAUGCCCAGUCUUGUCGGUAUAAGCGGGUCCAACAGAGGCACAUGCUGGAGAGCGAGAAGUGCACCCUGCUGAGCCAGGUGGAUCAACUCAAACAAGACGUGGCGAGGCUGGCAAAGGAACGGGACCUGUACAAGGAAAAGUACGAGAAACUGGCGAGCCGGAGCUACAGCGGCAGGGAUCUCACAUCCAACCAGGCGAAAAGCGCAUCACCUGCCGAAUUCUUCAUGUCAACAAAAUCGAUCUACAUGUAAACCUUAGAAUUAAAUAUAGCCCACCUCGUAAUUCUCCAACCCGUUUUUGUUUCAAAAACAGUAAAAGAAGAACUAUGAAUAAUAAAAUAAAGUGAAACGGCUGGGUGCAAUAGUCGACUGUGAGCUUUCCCUUUAAAUUGAAAAGUCUUAGCGAACACUUUUUGGAACUUGUAAAUGAUUCUAAAGGACCGAGUGAAAAAGAAGAAAAAAAAAAAACUAUAUGCACAAUUGUCUUAAUCCAAUGAUUUGUUUCGAUGUGUUUUUAG